AUAAAAAGGGGAGAGGCUUCAACGUCGGCCCAAUAAGGUGGUAAUGCGCAUGCGCACCAGGCCCGAAGCGAUUCCGUCUCUAGCCGGCGUUCGCAUGCGCAGUGGCGCCGUGACCGGUCCAGGUGGAGGAGAGCUAAAAUGGCGGCGAUGGAAGCACCCAGGAAGAUCCCUUUGGUGCCAGAAAACCUGCUGAAGAAAAGGAAGGCCUACCAGGCAAUCAAGGCCACCCAGGCAAAGCAGGCCUUGGAGGACAAGAGAAAGCACCAGAAAGGAAAACAGAUUAAAUUCAAACGACUUGAAACGUUUUUGCGAGACUCUCAUCGGAAACACAGAGAUGAUGUCCGCCUGCGACGCAUGGAACGCAAGCCUGGUUUGGUGCUAGUGCCUGAGGAGGGACACAAACUGGCAUUUGUUGUACGGAUUGCAGAAAUUAAAGGAGUGAGUUUGCAAGUGCGGCGUGUCAUAGAGAGACUACGACUGAGAAAGAUUUACAGUGGCACAUUUGUUAAAUUGUCACCAGAAACACUAAAAAUGCUGCAUAUAGUGGAGCCUUAUGUAGCAUGGGGUUAUCCCAACCUGAAAUCUGUUCGAGAGUUGAUCCUGAAACGAGGCCAUGCAAAGAUAAAAAAUAAAAAGCUUGCAUUGACAGACAACAUUUUGAUAGAAGAGCAUCUGGGAACCCAUGGUAUCAUUUGUCUUGAAGAUCUUAUUCACGAAAUUUACUCAGCUGGAGAGCACUUCCAUGAAAUCAACAAUUUUUUGUGGCCAUUCCACCUGUCAGUGGCUCGCCAUGCUGCCCGUAAUAAAAUUGGAUUCCACAAAGAGAUAGGUGAUACUGGAUUUCGAGGCAACGGGAUCAACCAGCUCAUACGUUUUAUGAACUAGAUUCAGAAACCUUUUUGAGCAUGCUGAGAAUAUUCUGAAGGAUUAUUUGUACUCUGUGAUGUACAACUAUUUCUUGAAAACUCUUGAGACUCUCCAGCAUGAUGUGCGCGCUUAUUUCAUGGGAUGAAAACACAGGUGGAGAAGCAGACCAUAAGUAAAUUGGAAGACACUUGAAAUGUAGCUGAACUGCUAUAAUCUAAUCAAGAUCCUGUGCACCGACCAAAAUAGAAGAACUGAAGAGACUAUUGUCUGAGGUUUUCGCUGUUAAAUACACUUGGGCAUCCUUCUUCUUGGAAAUGAGUUUGUUGUUUUAUUUUGGACUGUCUUGUCAAAAAGACAGCGAGGAAGCUUUGAAACUCCAGUAUUGCCUUUUCUGUGAAGUUGAACUUUUUGAUUCCUAAGUUCAAAACAUUUGGCAUUUUGGUUGUGCUUUUUCCCAGAACAUACUUUAAUUAAAAUGUAUACUUGAAAAACAGGUUGACUUAAACCUAGUAGAGAGACUGCAGUGUUUUGAGAGUUCAUGUCUUAAAUUCUGCUUUGAUAUCAAGCCCUUUUCUGUAUAUCUAAAAUAGCCUUUAAGCCCUUCAACCAUUCUUUUUGUUGAGAUUCAAGUAAAAUAAUUCACUUUUUAUGGAGCUUAUUGAUGCCUUACAACAUUAAAGGAGGACUUGAUUCUGUUGAUACUUGUUUCUGAAUGAGCAUCCACAGUAUUAGGUUAUUUCCUCUAUGUGUAUGUGGAAAGAACCUGAAUGUGUCUGGCAGGAUAAAAAUUGUUCAGUGAGAGCCUUGCAGUUUUCUGGAGCCUAUUUUCUGCCAGUUAAAGCUGGUUAUGGAAACUUCUAUUCUCAAAUGUAUCCAGAAAGCAGAGUUUGUCCAAACCCAGCAGUGGGUUUGCUAAGGUUAUAUAAAGUUGAAAUGGAACUGUCUUCAAAGUAAGACAUAAUUUUGGAAAUUAACUAUUUGUGGCUAUGUAGCCCCUCUACUUUGUAGAAGAGAUGGCAUCUAGUGGCAAAAUAAAGAAUUGUACCACUGUGAGAUUUUAGUAGAUUAAUAACUAUAGCAAAUGCAUCCUCUUGAUCAGUAAUCUGGAAAUACUGCUUUAAAUUGUAAAAACAAACAAACAUAUAAUAGAGUAUAGUACAAUAGACAUAUAAAGUAUGUUGUACCCCAUCUAAGCUGCAGAAAGAAUUAAGGUAUACACUUACCUAUCAGUCCAUGUGCAAUGUUUUAUUUUUCAUGUCUUCAGCACAGACCCUGCUUUCCAAGUGGUAACACUGAGCAAAGGGUGGUCUAAUGCCUUGCAUGAUGCUGAGCAGUGAGCAAACUUAUUCUUGGGGAGUGAGUGGAUAGGAAUCCUCAUUUGCUGGAGUAUUCUGCCAGUUAAAACAGGUUCAUUGCCUCAGGAACAGCACACUGUCAUUUUGGCUGCUGAAGUUUAUUCACUGAUUUUGAAUUCUUUCAGCGUAUAUACCACUUGUGCUUUUCAGAAUGUUAUUUACUUAUUAAAAUAGUUUUAAGCCCAUUCUGUGUACAGUAUUUUCAUAUGAAUAACAAAAAUAAUCAAAUAUAGAAGUUAUACAAA